UCUUCACCCUCGAACAAUAGAGAGAGACGACCAAGCGUGCCGGAAAGAACUGUCAGCCGAUCUGAAUACGGAUGCGGAAGUGAGCGGGUUCCGGAGCUUGGGACAUGGAGUCCGGGCAGCAGCCGGUGUGGCGCAGCCUAGGGCUGCUUGGCCGAAGCGCGGACGGUCCCGGGCUCGGUCCGGGCAACUGUGAGAAAAGGCUGCUAUGGGCCGCUUCGUUGCUCUGCGUCUUGCUGGAUCUACAGUUGCCAGGUUUGUUGGCUGCCGGACAAGCUGAGAUUGACAACCAUCUAGAAAUGGGUCGGAAGCUACUGGCUGCUGGGCAGCUGGCCGAAGCCCUCUCGCACUACCAUUCGGCAGUGGAAAUCGAUCCGAAAAAUUACCUUACCUAUUACAAACGGGCCACCAUUUACCUGGCUAUGGGCAAGUUUAAAUCAGCGUUGCCGGAUCUCUCCAAAGCUAUUGAACUCAAGCCAGACUUCCUUGCGGCCCGGCUUCAGCGAGGCAACAUCCUUCUGAAACAAGGAUACACCCAGGAAGCAAAACAAGACUUUGAAGCCGUGCUCAAGAGCAAUCCGGAUGAUGCAGAGGCCCGGAACCAGCUAUCCAGAGUCACCGAGCAAGAAUUUUCCAUGCAAGAAGCUCAGACUGCCUUUCAGAAAAAAAACUAUCGGGAAGCAGUCGGUUUUCUGGAUCAAGUCAUUGAGAUCUCCCCUUGGGAUCCAGAACCCAAAGAGCUGCGCUCCGAGUGCUACCUCCAUCUUGGGGACUACAACAAGGCCAUCCUGGACUUAAAGCCCACCACUAAGCUGCGGAAUGACAACAGGGCCGCCUUCCUUAAGCUCAGCAAACUCUAUUACAACUUGGGAGAACACGAAGAGUCCUUAACCCAAGUGCGGGAGUGCUUGAAGCUGGAUCAAGACGACAAGGACUGUUUUUCCCACUACAAGCAAGUGAAGAAGCUCACCAAGCAGCUGGAAUCUGCUGAGGAGCACAUCAAAGCUCAGAGAUAUGCAGAUGCCAUCGAGAAGUACAAAGCCACCAUGAAAACGGAACCCAACGUAGAGAUCUACACCAUAAAAGCGAAAGGAUGGAUCUGCCACUGUUUAUCCAAGAGCAAACGGACUGCCGAAGCGAUAGAUGUCUGCAGCGAAGCCCAUCAACUGGAUCCCAGAAAUAUCUUCAUCCUGCGCGACCGAGCAGAGGCCUUCAUCCUUAAUGAGGAAUUUGAGAAAGCCAUUGAAGAUUAUCAAGAAGCGAAAGAAUUUGAUGCUGAAAACGAGGAAUUAAAAGACGGGCUCGAGAAGGCGCAGAAACUGCUGAAGCAGUCCAAGAAGAGGAAUUAUUACAAAAUUCUUGGAAUUCAGAGGAACGCCAACAAGCAGGAGAUCAUCAAAGCGUACCGAAAGCUGGCUCAGCAGUGGCACCCUGACAAUUUCCAGUCAGAAGAUGAGAAAAAGGAAGCCGAGAAAAAAUUCAUCGACAUUGCAGCUGCUAAAGAGGUCCUGACAGAUCCAGAAAUGCGACAGAAAUUCGACUCGGGCGAGGAUCCUUUAGACCCGGAAAAUCAACAAGGAGGAUCAGGACAUCAGCACCAGUGGGCGUCCGAAUUUAACCCCUUUGGCUCCGGGAACUUUCAUUUUAAGUUUCAUUUUAAUUAAUCCGCUUGAGCCGGCCUCCCACCCACCCACCCACCCAAGACCUUUUUGGCCAGCGAGUUGAUGCACAAAGAGAACCAAUAACAACUCCCGACGCAAAUGGAACUGGGGGUGGGGAGGGAGGUUAGUUUCCUUAUUUAUAUAUUCAAGUAUCCCUUUCCAGAGGACCGGAAGUUUGCUCCUCGAGAUAGUAACCCAGGACCACAAGGAAGACGGCGGCCUCUCGCUCCUAGCUGCGAUUCCCACGAAACACUGACCGGCAAAAGGGGAUUUACGAUGCAUGCAGAGCCUUAAACCUGUCCUUUCUUAGGGAUGUUUCCCAAAGUUAGGUUGAGCUCAAUCCUUAUAGUCCCAUCUAAACAUCUCUCAAGUUCUUCUUUGUGCCUGCAAGACCCAGGGAAGCACUGCCGGUCCUACGAUCCCGCCGGCCUUUUUGCCAAGGAAACCGUUCAUUUUUAAAAUCCCAGCAAGGCGAAGGUGUAUCCUUUUUCCUUUUUUCUCUCUCUUUCUUUUUUUUUUAAAAAGGAAAGCAUGCCGUUUUGAGUUCACCUUCCCAAAGGGAAAGCUUGGCCGGACAUGUUGACAUUUGAGUGGCGCCACGCCUUGGGACGGUUUCGGCCGAUGGCCCUGCCAAGAAUUGUGUUUUUGUGCCAUCUCUUGGUAGGGAAGGAGUUGUGCGUUUGGGGGGGGGGGUUAUAAACUUUGGGGGCAAAGUUUGUUUGACCUUGGAAGGAGGAGGAAACCCCAGACUGUGUCAGACUGGGGGGAAAAAAGGAAGAAAAAUAACAUUGGUUUGGUUGCUUUUGAGCCUAUCUGGAUGGUAUUCUUUAUUGAUAAGAUAUUGGUUUUGCACAUUGACUGCUCCUUCUUUCAAAUACUGGAGGAGGACCCGAAGAACAGUAUGGAUUCGGAGACAAAAAUUGAUAGCUUUCAUCCUUUCCGUGACAUUCCCCUCUGUCCUGGAAUUUAAAUAUUUUUCAGGUAUAAUCUAACAGCUCUACCCGCUGACCGCGAACGCCCUCAUUUUCUACAGUUAGUUAAAAAAAAAAUUUCUCCUCCUCCUCCUCUUCCAUUUUUAUUUAGUACAGUCAUAUAAAGCCCGGUCUGCUUCAAUUGUUAUCAUCGGAGUCCGGGGGAGGGAAGGAAAAAAAAAAAAGAGAUUAAGGAGAGGUAUUAAUAUCCUGUCUUUACCGAGAAAAGUGUCAAGAUUAAAAAGUUUCGUAUUGCAGAAAUAAUUGAUUUCUUCCCCGCCCCCCCCUCAAACCUUUAGCAUUUUUUGCUGGAGCAAAGGUUGAGGAAGCGACCAAAAGUGCUGAGUUAAGAAGGCUGAAGGUUUCGACAUAAUUUGCCUCCUGAAGUUCUGAGCCAGAAGAAAAAAAGGGGGGGGGACUAACUAAAAUACAUUUUAACUCAGGUUGAAAGUGAGGUGUUUUAAACUGGGUGCAGUUGGGUGAGCCUGGAGGACGGAGGGGUAGGGCUGUGCGUAAAACAGAAAUGUUUUUGUUUCCAGUUCUGAGGGAAAUAGAUCAGAUUUGGAACAUUCUGCAAA